AUGUUUACCAAUAAUACAAUCGAUGGUAACAAUUAUCAUAAUAAUCUACAUAAUGUUCAACAACCAAACGCAUCCAUAAACAACUUGAUAGAAGUGCUUCUUCUUAACAGCACCUCUUCAUCGGAUGUCACCACUUCUUUCUCGUCAGUAACCGCACAAAAAACAAACGACUCAAACGAUUACCACUUCAAGACUAACAAUGUGUUUGAAGUGGUGAUGUAUGUGAUGUACACAAUCAUAUGGUUGGCCGCGAUUCUGGGCAACGGUUUCAUUAUAUACAUAGUGUUUCGGUACAAACGUAUGCAAACUGUGACCAAUCUAUUCAUAUUAAAUCUGGCCGUCGGCGACAUAUUGAUGGCCGCACUCUGUAUUCCCUUCACAUUCGUGUCUAACCUUCUUCUCCAGUACUGGCCGUUCGGGCCAUUCAUGUGUGUUGUUGUCUGUUAUUCACAAGCGGUCACUGUAUUUGUCAGCGCCUAUACCCUCAUCGCCAUCAGUAUUGAUAGGUAA